AGCCACCCCGCGGGGCGCCGCUCUUCACUUGUGCGGUGGACGUGGCGGUGUAACGUUGUCUGGUGUUAGCUUAGCUUUCCCUGAGUGCCUUAACUUAGCGUUCCCUGAGUGCCUUAACUUAGCGUUCCCUGAGUGCCUUAACUUAGCGUUCCCUGGAGUUCUAAUAAACUUUUACAAAACGCUGACAUCGUACAUAUCUUCGGUAUAAAAGGUCGGGAAGGUCAAGAUGGCCAAACUCCUUCCCCUGAUUCUCGCCGGAAUUUUGACCACGUUGCUCCAUGAAGCCCAAGCGGACCUGCCUACAGGCCCUGCUGUUGAUGUGCUUGUGACCUCCUAUGGCCCGAUGGCAUCUUGCAAGAAAACCAAAAGGUCGGUCGUGUUCCAGUCCAUCAUGUCUAAGAAGGGGAUAGUAUAUAAGCGCACAUACACUUAUCCGGCGAUGUUGAAAUGCUUCGGAAGCUCACAGUCGAGCGCGGCCACCUUCAGGGACUGCGUCAACGCUGCCGCCGUGGCCGGACACUCCACCCUGUACUUCAAUGGUACCACCUGCCUCACCUACAACGCAACAGUACCGAGUCAUGCAUGUGCCGACCAGAAGGCGGCAGCGGCAAACUACUUAGCCAUCUACCAGGCCAACCCUCCUCUGGUCAAGCCAAAUUUCGGAAAUUUCAAAGUGUUGUCGUUUUAUGCGAACCUGAAGGAGGGUACGUAUAAUAACUUCGACUUGACGUGGACUGCAAACGAUGGUGGCUGCAACUACAACGGCUUCAUAGUCAGCUUCUCCGGCCAGAAUAAGUACGUCGAAACCACUUCGUCCCAGACGACGAUAGAGAUUAACGUCCCAGGGUGCAACAUGGAAUACGUCACCGUCGCCUUUGGUCUCCCCACCGGAGAGAAAUUCGGUUACAACACAUUCAUGACUGUGGCGACUCCCAUGCCAGAACCCCAGCACAGCUGGCCGUUCAAUGUGGUGCCGGGAUUCACAAUGGCAGCCAACUUAUUCGCGAACAAAAGGAUCAUCAUAUCGUACGACGCUUCCCCUGGCUGCGGUAGCUUCACCAAGUUCACCAUUGAGUUUGGCAUCAAAUACACGGACAUAUCGCGCCCUUCUCCGAAGCUUGACUUCCCCAUAUCUAAACCAAAAGGCACCAUCGUGAUCGGAACAGGGAAUGUGACUGAUAUUUGUCUGACUUCCUACCUCAACAUCACGUACACCCAGACGACGGACGGCAGAAAUAUCACGGAUGACCAUCAGUUCAAGUUACCUCUCUUCGGACUCAAAAAUCAAAGCCUGUACUCCUACGAAGUGAAUGGGACUGAUGUCGUCUUCCACUGGCCUACUGACCUGACAGCUUCCGACGUCUGUGGCGUCCUCCCCGGUACCACACUGGCAAUCCAGAAAUCGUUCGGUGUCGGCAACACUUUCACGGCGCCUAUAUCUGCUGGCCGCAUCACACUCACCAACCUGGCAUCUUCGCUAUCAACAGAUGUCUAUGUGAAUGAUGCUAGCUUGAACAUCACUCUGGUACUAAUCCCCAUAUGUACCGGGAUCAACUGUCCUUAAGCGGUUCACUGCUGUCGUUGAAGAGCGGUUCUCUGCAGCGGUUCAUCACGAACUGCACCCAAUGGAACCCUGCAUGCCAAGCCAUUACAGUUUCUAAUCAGGAACUGUAGGCAGAUGAGAACCCGCCCACUUAAAUAAAUAUUAU